GCCCUCAAGCUGCCAGUGUCGAUAGGGCCAUUCAGAAACAGAAAUGAUGGGUUUAGUACGGUUAUUUACGGUGAUAUUAUUGGCUGCAGCAGGUGCAGCAAACGCCAACUGUCCCACCAACAUCGCAGGGGAUGAUCUGGUUCCAUUUGGAAGCAGUUGCUACCAGUUUAUUCUCAACCAACCUAGCAGUUGGUACACAGCCGAGGAGGAUUGUGUGGCAAAGGGUGGUCAUCAGGUAGCCAUUAACAACUUCAUGGAGCAUUCCUUCGUUUGGAAUCAUCUGCAGAAUAUUGGUGGACAAGGCGAUCAUGGUAUAUGGCUUGGACUUACAGACCACGAUGGUACAGAGGGAAAUUGGCAUUGGGCCGACAACACUCCUCUCGGGUUCUCUAACUGGGCCCCUGGACAGCCAGGCGUGGUUGGUGGGUUGGAGGACUGUGUGAUGAUGGAAUUUAAGGAUGGACUUUGGCAUGAUUAUGUAUGUGAAGGAUUUUCGUUCUGGUCUGAAAAGCAUGGAUGGGUGUGCGAAUUCCCUUCGGUCUAGUCAUAAUGAUACAAUCUCAGUUAAGUGAGCGGGCCAUUUUAUUGCUGUGCAGCACCUUUAAAAGUAUUUUUGAAACUUCCCAUGCAUUUUCUCUUCUUAUGACCCAGAUACAACAAGUCAUUGUGUUUAAUUGGAACAACAACUUUACAAAGAAUAUAAAUAAACCUUCUUAAAUAUG